AGACCGCAGUACAAACCAUUCACAUUACAGCACUGCCGCGUUCAAGUGUGGGAUGUUUCUUGCGGGUAUGGACAGAUGCAGUAACAAACUUUGACCGUCGUCGCCGCAAUAACGAUGUUACUCGCGUAAUUGGCUCAUCGUUUUGCAGGGCUUGUCUGCUUAUAAAGGGGUAUUUUUUGCCUGGGGUCACUAAACACGCCACUCUCGAGAGACAUGCAUUGCUUUACAAUCCUCGCCGCACUGGCUGUGCCUCUUCUCGCCGGGGCUCAAAAUACGCACGUCAUACAAGUCGGCGGCACCGCGACCGAAACCGGCGGCAUCUUCCAGUUCAUCCCGCCCAACAUCACUGCCACCGAAGGAGACGUCGUUACCUUCAACUUUUCCGGGGCCCCAGGCAACCACUCGAUCACCCAAUCCAAUUUAGCGAACCCCUGCACGCCGCUGAGCGGGGGUUUCGAUUCUGGCUGGGUUUUCAUCUCAGGUCCGGGACUUUCGCCUACUCCGCAGUGGAACCUUACUGUCACGAAUGCCUCUACCCCCAUCUGGUUCUACUGCAAACAGCUCGUGCCAAGCCCGCAUUGCGAAGUAGGGAUGGUUGGAGCCAUCAAUGCACCCAUGUCGGGCAACGCAACUUUUGAUGCCUUCCUCAAUAAUGCGAAGGCGUUCUCUGGGUCGCCAGGCCAAGAGGUCGGUGCGCUGGUAGGACAAGGGGCUUCCGCAUCUGCCGUCCCCGCACCCAUCCCUAGUGGAGCAUCGCUCUUUGGUUCGCCAGCAGCGAGUGCUACGGCGCCGGCGGCGACAACCGGAGGUAGUGGUACUGCUAGUCCAUCGAGCAGUGCAUCAGGUUCUGGGUCGUCCAGUGCAGCGACAGGUCUUAGUGCAUCUGGGUUAUGGGCGGGCGUUGCAAUGAUUAUGGGUCUUGCGUUGGCUUGAUCGUCGGGACUAAUCAAACAUUUCUUGGUCGUCAAAAUGUAUGUAGAGUCCUUUCAAGUAUUAAG